AUGGAGCAACAACCCGCAGCCCGCCAAUCCCACUGCAAAAAUGGACAACCGCCCAAAGGAACGGUCGGAGAAACGUCAAAGAAGGCGUCGUCUUCAAACCCUACUACCCAGAAACCACAGGCAGUGCCACCACCGGAGAUUGCUGUGCCCGCGCCUGCUCCGACCACAACACCCGCACCCGUCGUUGCUUCUCCACAGCCGGAAAUUGUUGUGAGCGCACCUACCGCCACUGUCGCUCCCAUCGCUACAACAACCACCGAUAGCUACGACCCUGCCAAACUCAUGAGGGAGGUUGUGAAGAAAUUCGGGACAAAGGAGAAUCCGAGCGAACUCUUUGCGCGAAUGGCCGAGGAAUUCAAAAAGAAAGAAGGCGAUUCCCUGGCAAGGGACGAGGAGGAAGGGAAUCUAACUGAGGGUGAUGAAGGUAAAGAGGGUAGUGAGGCCGAGGAUGAUGAGAAGGUUGAAUCUGAGGGCGAGGGAGUAGGAAAGCAAGAUGAAGAAGAAGGUAGGAUAGUUGGGGACGAGGAAACUGAAAUGCAUGACGAAGGCAAAAUAUGUGAGGAAGAGGAGGAAACCGUUAGGAGCAAUUAUGAGGCUGAAACGGUUGAGGAGAAGGAAGAAACAACACCGGUUGUCAAGAAGGAAGCCAGAAACCGAGAAACAGAGAAAGAAAUUGAAGCUGAGAUCAUCGUGACAGACGAUGUGACGUCGGACGACAACGGAACACCAAUAGAUGAGAGAACAACUAGGAGACAGUCCCGUUGGACCAAGAAUUUGGUAGAAGCAGCGACGGCCAAUCCCCAAAAGAAACUGAGGCUGAACGAAGAGGAGGAAUCAGGGCACGAUAUCCCCCAGGCCCAGGACACUCAAGUCGUUGCGGAGGAUGUCUCUCCAGAGGCUCUGGAGAAGAGGUACGAGGCGGAGAGGAAACGUAAGGGGAAGCAAGAAGCCAAGCCCCGCAAGAAGAAGCCUCGCCAGGCCUCUAAGGCUUUGGUAAUCAAUGAGCCCGCUCCAGAAAUGAUCCGAGUACCGUUCGCCCCACCGGCUGAAGAAGAAAAGCAAAUGGAAUCAGAAGAGGAGGACACACAGAACCCCUAG